AUGAAUCUACAGGACUUCCUAGCAAUGGAAGAAAGCCGCGAGCGCGACGAGCUAAUCGACCUCCGCAGCCUUGAUCUCGUCUCCGAGUACGACUCGCACCUUAUGUGCCCGAUCUGUCACUGUCCCUUCGUUGAACCCGUCCGUCUUCAAUGCGACCAUGUCUUCUGCGGGAGUUGCCUCAGUUCGGCAAUAAACACCUUCCGCUCGGCCGACUCGGACGAGUUCCCGUGUCCCUCUUGCCGAAAUCCCACCCAGAAGGUGUCGGCUAGCGUGCCCCGCCUGCUGAUCAACAUGUGCGACGAGAUCCGAGUGCGAUGUCCGUUAAUAACGGAGGGCUGUCAAGAGAUAAUACCCCGAGGCCAUGUCCAGUCGCAUGUUGAGAAGUACUGUGGGUAUCGGCUAUUGCCGUGUCCGGAUAAUUCAUGCGAUCAGAUGACGCGGAGCAAGGAUGUUGGGAUGGAUCAGAAGUGUAUUCAUAAAGUGCGACGGUGCGCGCAUUGCGAAGAAGAUGUUCUAGAGCAUGAAUACGAGGAGCAUGAGAAAGAGCUUUGUCCAGUUCUUGAGGUCACAUGUGCUGACUGCGAAACUGUUGUCACUAGAGGGGCACUGCAGGAGCAUAUUGAAUCAUGUCCGGAGGUUGCGAUUCCCUGCACAGCAUCCAAAUAUGCAUGUCCAGUUAAGAUCCGACGGGCAGAUAUUGCAGCACACGAGCAAAGCUGCCCCAUAGUCGCAAUGGGCCCUUACUUUGAGACGCAGAAUGCCCGGCUCAAGUCCCUUGAAUCAAGUAUGCGGCAUCUGCAGCAGCGGAAUGAGAUAUUCGAGGAUGGGCUCGCAAACAUUCGGUCCACUCUUGUCGAAUCCACGCGCUUGGGUGCGAACAGCCAUAGCGGUGGGCAGCCUACCCAGUCAGGCCGAGAACAGCAAUCCUCUGCUCGCGCCGACGCCCACACAGAUGAUCCUGCAGACCUUGCUGGGAGUGUAUUUUCAUCCAAUGCCACGACCUAUCUGCUUUCCCUGCACGAAUCGCUCCGGGAAGAGGUCAGCCAACUUUCGCAUGCUAUCACCGACCUAGAUGCUCGCGCCAGCAUGGCUAUCAUGAAUGAAUGUAUGCGCAUCAAGGAGGACAUAGCCCACACGAAUGCGGCGGUCAACAGUGUCCGCAUGCAGGUCCAGUGGCUCAUGAACCCUCGUCUUCACCAGGGGACGCGGGGAGGAGCUGUUCGCCCCAACUCUACAGAAAGCGAAGGGACACGGACUAAUAUGGCAUCGUCGGUGGCUGGGCCGAGCCAUGCUGCUGGUCAGUCCCUCAGGGCCUCUUCGACCCAGGCGUCCCAGUGA